CGAAAACAAUCCAAACUCUUAUCACACUCUUUUCUUCUUCUUUCCUUUCUUAACAAAACGGUUACUACUAACUACUAAUGGCAGAAACUCGAUUCUUACCAAUAAUCGAAGAAGAGGAACUCGAAAUCGACGACGAUUUCUACGAGAAAAUCGAAGCACCGAAGUUUGUAGAUCUCACUAAACCUGAUAAACGACAUCCCGACGAUGAUCGCCACUGGUUCUGCGCACGAUUCGGAUGUGAUCAGAAGCAUGAAGAGGAAUUGGAUUCUGAAGCUAUUUACAAGAGUUUUGUUCUUAGGGUUAUGGCAGCUAGAAGUCCUAAUGUUCGGCUCAGAAAAGCUUUGAAUAAAAGAGAAAGGGAAGCAAGUUCAAAUUUGAAGUGCCCUCUAUCAGCUCCAGCAAAGCCAAGGAUGUCAAGAAUGGCUUUCAUUUCCUCCUUGUCGCAUAAGGUAACUGAGAAUAAUGCGAAAGUUGUUAAACCUCUUUCUAAGGUUACCGCAACUCCAAAUGCUAAGGUGAAGCAACCAUCCUCAAUAACGAAGGCUUUAACUACUCCAAGGAAUCAAAAGAAAGUUUCUAAUUUGGAACAGUUUAGAAGUGUUCAGAACAAGAAAUCGACGACUGUUGCUGUGGCUAAGGCUAAGAGCAGAGUAGUGGCCAAGUCAUUGGUUUUUAACUCGCCAAAGAAGGUCAAGACAUUGGUUUUCAACUCACCGAAGGUAGUUGGGACCAAGAGUUCGGUAGAAUUGAAUACAUCCAUGAAAACAUUAUGUUCUGCAAUGAAGAAGCUUGAAUUCACUAGAGGGAAGAAGAAUGGAGAAGAAUGUAAUAACUCAUUGCCGGUGGCUUCCUCUAGAAAGACGCAAUUCAGGGGACGAGAGGUUAAAAGCCGUGUGUUCAAUUCGUUGUAUUCUAGUAACCGAAAGGAACGUGAAAGCAACACUGCUAGUUGUCUUAAAGAGAAGAAAGUGAAAGCAAUGCAGAAACACGAGGUUCUUGUUUCACAAAGUGACUCUAAUGACAUAGGGAUAGAAGAAAAAUCAAGGAAUGAGUCUAUAGAAAGAGGAGAGAGUUCAAUUCUCGCUCUGUCAGAAAUUUCUAGAAAUGAUAUUACCUCACAGUCAUCAAGGAGUGGCUCUCCAGAAAGAGGAGAGAGUUCAGUUCUAGCUUUAUCAUUAGCUUCUAGAAACGAUGUUGCCUCGCAGUCAUCAAGGAGUGGCUCUCUAGAAAGAGGGGAGAGUUCGGUUCUAGCUCCAUCAUUAGCUUCUAGAGAUGAUUUCACAUUGGUGUCAAGUUCAAAUGAAGAAGAAAAGGAAAGUAGUGAAGAGAAAAGGGUCACAGUCUUAUUAGACAAGGGAAGAAUUCUUAAAGACAUUAAAAGAAAGGCUGGAGAAAAAUCAAUGGCUUGCGAUGAUAAAGAAAAUGAGAUCGAAAUUACUGAGAAUGAUGACAAGGAAAACUCUUCAGCACCUAGUGAGAAUAUAACAAUGAGUGCCAGCAGUGUUGGUUCCAAAAAAAUCAUUCUUGGAAGCAAGCGGGAUGAUAGAAAACUAUACAAGAAAUCUACACCGACUACAACUGGUUCUCAAGUUUUAAAAUACAGAAAAUUAAAGCCGACCAAUCCUAAGCCUUUUAAGUUCCGAACUGAUGAAAGAGGAAUUCUGAAAGAAGCAAACUUGAAAGAUACCACUGCUAAAGAUGACACUGCCGCGAUAAGGAAACAUAACAAUUAUAGCAACUUGAACGAGAAAUCUCACAAAACAGCACAAAGUGAACAAGACAGUAAUAGCAGCUGGGACGAGAAACCACACAGAACAACACAACGACACCAAACGGGAAACGUUCAGAGUAACAACAACUCCAACAUCAAAGUGAAUCAUAAAUUAUCUGCCAAAACACCUCAAAGAAAUCCUGGUGUGAGACCUCUAAGUGUUUUGUCAAGGAAGAAAGAAAAAGUAGCUCUUGUAAAGCCUUCAGACAUUGUAAAACCAAAUGAAGCAGCAUCUUGUUUACAAGGAAGGAGAGCUUUGACUGUUCCCAAGGAACCAAAGUUUCAUAGUAUCCAUGUGCCCAAGAGCUGCUCCACCAGGAAACCAACUUAGACAUGAAUGUGUUCAAUAUCAUCAUUGAAUUUUGUUGAGUGAGGUGGUUUUGUUAAAUUUAAGUAAAAUAUUUGUUGUUGUAACCUACGAAAGAUAGAUAGAUAUUUGUUGAUUUAUGUAAUAUUAGAUUUGAUUCAUACACAAGAUUUGUAAUGUCAAUAGCAAAGAUUUGUAGUCCAAAAAAAAAUUGUCAUUUGGUUACCUAUAUAUUUCUAUCAAAGAGGCACAUUUUUAGCCGAGUUGAUUUCGAUACAAUGACCGAUAAACCACGGGGCACAAACCUGGGAUCAAAAUUCUUGUGCGUUGCUAAUAUGAGUCCACAAUAUAUGAACAAUAAACGAAAUUGCAAAAUUGCAAUA